ACGGGGACGCUGGCGGACUAGAAAGCGACACUUUGUACACUAAACUCUGGAAUUAUUGCGUGCAUGUAGCUGUGUUUAUAUGAUAUCUCCUUAGAGGGCCGAAAUACCGGUAAAGAUGCAGUUCAUGCUGCUGUUCAGCCGUCAGGGGAAGCUCCGGCUGCAGAAGUGGUACGUGCCCCUGUCAGACAAGGAGAAGAAGAAGAUCACCCGCGAGCUGGUGCAGACCGUGCUGGCCCGCAAGCCCAAGAUGUGCAGCUUCCUGGAGUGGAGAGACCUCAAGAUUGUCUACAAAAGGUACGCCAGCCUGUAUUUCUGCUGUGCCAUCGAGGACCAGGACAAUGAGCUCAUUACACUGGAGAUCAUCCACCGAUAUGUGGAGCUGCUGGAUAAGUACUUCGGCAGCGUGUGUGAACUGGAUAUCAUCUUCAACUUUGAGAAGGCGUACUUCAUCCUGGAUGAGUUCCUGCUAGGCGGGGAGGCACAGGAGACCUCCAAGAAGAACGUACUGAAGGCCAUUGAGCAGGCCGAUCUGCUGCAGGAGGACGCCAAAGAAGCAGAGACUCCCCGCAGCGUUCUGGAGGAGAUCGGACUGACAUAGUCACGGCCAUCACUGCAUCGGCCCGACCGGCUUUCUCUCCCUCCGCCAGCCGUUUCCUCUGUGUCUGCUUGAUAAUGUAGCGCAAAACCAUGUUCAUGUUCAGUAUAGGUAUGUGUCCUGUUCCAUGUCAGAUGCCUUUGUCGUGUUAUCCUGUGCGUAGGAUACAGUGUAGCACUGUACAGAAUCUAGAACAAAGGGAUCAAUAGAUCACUGUUGUCAUUACCAGAAAAUCUCCAACUGCCUUAAGAUAUUUCUUGUGUUCAUCAUCUCAUUAGCCUUGUAUUCACUCUCCAUGACUACAUCUCUAUGUAGUUAAGGGCAUAAAAAGAAAUACAUGCAACUUGGCAGUGAAAAAGGAAAGGAGGUUGCCGAGUCCUGUUAUAUCCAUUCUAAGAUGUAGGAAUACAUCCGCAAGAUGCUUCAAAAUGUGACUAUAAGAUUUCAGAAAGAUUUAAAGAUUUAAAAAAGUCCAUAUUUUGGGGUACAGCACACAGUAAUUUUCAGGGUGUCCUUUAGUUAUGACCAAAGAAACACUGUGUUAUUAUACAUAUGCUUUACAAAAGCAAAUUUGUAUUUGGAGGAAAAAACAUUAUUUGUGCCAUGUUAAGUAUGAACUGAAAAGGAACGCUUGGAAAACCAAAGAGUCGUUUUUGUCUAAGUUAAGCCCUAAGCAUAUUGUUCAGUUCUGCAUAUCAUUUAAAUUGACUGUUGAAGAUGAAAGCACAAAAAAUCAUUUUUGAUUCCAUUGUGAAUUUUAAAAAUUGCUAUGUAUUUUUUGUUUAAUACUGCACUCCUAAUAUUCAACAUACAGCAGCUUUUAAAAUGUUCUAACACGGCCCUGAAGAUAACUUCCGCCUAACCCAGUGUUGCCAACUUUUUUUUACAUUAUAGAUGUAGCAACGUUUUUGGCCUCGUCAGCACCUUUUUUCUUCCCAGAAAGGACUGGGUGACAAAUCGAUUGCCUUCAAAGAUCAGUUCAGAAAUGGUGCGGUGAAUGAAAUAAAUCUGCCUAUUUUUCCGUCAGACCACAAUCUUACCAUUCAUUCCAGUCUCGUUUGCUGUCACUGAAUGCUGCACACGGUUUAUUCACUAUGUCACCAUUACUGUGAGAGGAUGUUUAUGUCAUGAUGGCACUUUCUAGCACUGAACCACGGUCCCUCCAGCAAAAUCCAAUCGGAAAAAGUUGGCAACAGUGGACUAACUUUGCUUGUAUUUCCCUUAUACUGCAUAGAGUAUGGUGUUAUAGUUUCGUAACUCACAUUAAAUGCAUUGCUUAAAAAUGUUCUAUAUCACCGCUAUCAUGCAGCUGUCGCACUGUGGAAAAAUGUUGUGUAACGUUGUCUCAGUGGACCAGUGUAGCAGUGUUUGGUGUACAAAUGGAAAUAAAUUUGUUUACAGUUGUUCAGAAAAAAAA